AAACACUAGUCAGCCGUCGCCAUCUACGAAAAAAAUGUCGAAAACAAAUUUCUCUUGAUACAAACUGCGAAAUCUGAAAUGGUUUCACUUUUUGAGAAUUAUGAACAGCAAUAUUCAGUGCUCACAGCCGAUAUCACGGCUCAAAUCGGCCUUUUGGGUGCCUCGGCCACAAGUAAGCCUCCCUCAAUUCCCCUGUCAAAAGUAGGUAUUCGUUUGUUUUUUUUAGAGGACCGCCGCCAACUUAUUUCUAAUAUCGAGAAACAUGUCGAGGAGGCGCAAGAACUGUUGGAACAAAUGGAAUUAGAGGUUAGGGAAGUCGAAUCGGCCAAAAGACAAAGGUGCAGGACCAAGCUAGAUUGCUAUCGUGCUGAACUCAAGCGGCUGACUUUGGAAUAUAUCAAAGCGCGGUCGAUAAAACAGGGCGCGUUGAGUUAUGAUAGCGCGGAAGAAUUGAACGAUUUCAGGAUUUCGUCGGAUCAGAAACAGAGGCUUUUGGACAAUUCGGAGAGGAUGGAGCGGACAGGGAGGCAGCUGGAGGAAGGUUAUAGAGUGGUGUUGGAAACGCAGGACAUAGGAACACAGGUUUUACAGAAUUUGAACGAGCAGCGGGAGACUAUCAAGAGGACGCGGACAAGGUUAAGAGGAACUGACGAAGAGCUGGGACGGUCCUCCCGCCUUAUGGGUUCAAUGAUAAUGAGGUCCAUUCAGCAGAAAAUAAUAUUGUUCAUUGUUGGUGCCUGUUUUAUAAUAGCUUUGUGUCUGGGUCUUUACCUAGGCUUGAACAAGUAAUUUUUGUGUUACACUUUUUAUGAACUGUACAUAAGUAUCAAAGUAUUCUAUUGUGUCAUACUUCUUAUAUUUUGUUAUUUAGUUUAUUACAUUCCUGUUAUUUGUGAUGUUGUUCUUCGCACUGAGUUUAGCGGUUAGCGAGAUACCUAAUAAUACUUAACUUAUUUUAUUAAUAUAAAAGUACAAAUUCUA